AUGACUGUCACCAUCUAUCACAAUCCGGUGUGUGGUACCUCACGCAACGUGCUUUUAAUGAUACGGAACAGUGGCGAAGAGCCUACAAUCAUUCAGUAUUUGAAGACCCCACCAAGCCGUGAAGAACUGAAGGGCUUAAUCAGCCGCAUGAACGUACCGGUGCGCGAGGUCCUUCGAGAAAAGGAAACUCCAUACAAAGAGCUGGGUCUUGAUGAUUUGACACUGACUGAUAAUCAGUUGAUUGAUGCCAUGGUUGAGCAUCCUAUCCUCAUUAAUAGGCCGAUCGUAGUCACCCCUCUUGGCGUGAAACUCUGUCGCCCAGCAGCGGUGGCUCUGAGCAUUCCUCCUGGUCCAUAA